AUGUCGACCGCUGGCUGGAGUGAAUGCAAUCUGCGAGAAUGCAGUAUCGAGCAAAGUCUUUUCCAGUAUCGACCGAAUCUCGCAGCAAACAGUAUCUUCAUCACUUUGUUCGGUAUCAGCGGCGUCAUCCAUAUAGCCCAAGGACUAUGGUACAAGCAACGUACAUUUGCCAUCCUGAUGCUGCUUGGAUGUAUCUGCGAGAUGAUAGGCUAUGGAGGCCGUAUAAUCAUGUACAAGGAUCCCUGGGAUUUCAAUGGUUUCAUCAUGCAAAUCGUUUGCAUCACAAUGGCUCCAGUGUUCAUGACGGCAGCUAUCUACGUUACAUUAUAUCGCUCUAUCCUCCAGCUUUCACCAUCCUCGGCCAGUUUCAAACCAGCGCUCUAUUACCAGAUCUUCAUUCCUUGCGACAUCAUCUCUCUAGUACUCCAAGCUGUUGGAGGCGCAAUGUCCUCUGAGUCCGAUGGUUCAUCCAAAGCUGGAGUGAAUAUUGGAUUGGCUGGUCUUGCCUUCCAGGUCUUUACCCUCCUCGUUUUCAUCGUCCUGGCUGUUCAAUACGGCUUCCGAUACUGGAAGGACUGUAAAAGUGGUCGGGUCAAGAGUUCAGGUCUGGAUGGAAGAUUCAAGUUCUUCCUGAUUUGCCUGAGCGUGUCCGUUGUGCUCAUCUUCAUUAGAUGUGCAUACCGUAUAUAUGAGUUGAGCGACGGGUAUAGCGGAUCAGCCCUUCAUGAUCAAGGUUUAUUCAUUGCUCUGGAAAGCGUUAUGAUCACGGCAGCUACAUUGUUGCUAAACAUUGGCCAUCCUGGCUUGGUGUUCGAUCCACGCCGAAAGCCGGCCAUCUCGGCUGAUGAACGCGCUUACUCCUAUAGUAGCGACGAGAGAAAAUGA